GUGUAUUUAAAAUGUCUGUCUUGAAUCAAUGGUUCACUGGUGUUCAGGACCUUGAACUGGUCAAUGACAAGAUCAAGGAACUCGAGGCUGAAAGAUUGGAACUACAGCAAUUAUCCGAUCCAAAUCAUCAUCAAACGUCAUCAACAAUCGAUUUCGAAGAACUCUCAAAACAAUUGAAGUUCUCCAUUGCAAACUCAGAUAUAGAUACUAUAAAUGCUCUCAUAACAGGUCAUGGUGAUAUACCGUCCCUUGUUGCUGCUAAAAACUUGGUAUUGGAAAGGCAAAGACUACUGUCCUUGAAAUCUCAACAAUCUCAAUAUAAAGAUUUGGAUGAAAAAUUGAAUGAAAUUACAUAUUUUGAUCUGAUUGGAUUGAAAGAGUUGAAGAAUGGUAUUUCUGAGCUAACAAAUUUGAAAUAUCAAGCCACAUUGUAUGAUAAAUUGGAUCAAUUGAUAAUUUCACUAAAACCAAAAUAUCAACAGGCCCUAGUUGAGUCGGCAGGUUCUUCAAAAUGGGUAAAUUCUUCAUCAAUCGCUCCAAAUUUAGAAACUGAUUUCCAUAACUUGCUAAAUCUACAAUCUUUAUUAAACAAGCAACCAAAAUAUCCAGACACUUUAUGGGCAUUUGAAACGCUGGCUUCAAAUUUCAAAAUCAGUUUUGAUUAUCAUUUCAAUACCGAAAAGGAAACAAAUAGAAUUGAUAGACCGGAGUUAUUUCUCAACUAUUUCACAAAUUAUUUAUCAAAUCACUUAAGUAAAUUUGUUGGUGUUUUCCAGUUACAAGAUACUGAAUAUAGUGAUCGUUUUGCUCAUUCUGAAUUCAUAACUGCUUUAUUGAAACCUGUUCGAGAGAAAUUUUCACAAGUUUUAAAAAUUUUGAGAUCAUCCUUAGAAGAAGAGAAUCCAAAGACUCAAGAGGCAAACACUCAGCUAUUAAUACAUUUUAUCAAAGAGACCAUCACUUUUGAUCAAGCUUUAGUUUCAGAUUUCUACUAUGAUCCUUUAGAUGAUGGUAAUUGGGAAGGUUUGUUUGCAUUGUUCAACUAUACUGAUCUGGAAAAAUGGUUAAACUAUGAAACAAAGUUAAAUGUGGCAAACUUUGAAUCAAUUAUUAACUCUUCAAACUGUUUCCAUAUUGAUUAUACAUCUGUUGGUGAUGCACAAUUGAAACCAACAGUAUCUGCCAUCAAGUUGAAAUAUUUAUUUGAAAAUAUUACAAACAGUUUCUCCAAAUUUUUCCUUCAAAAUUAUGAAAACAAUUCGAGUUUGAAAAAAUUUAAGCUAAAGUUCUUUGCAAAGAUAUAUCUAAGAUUUUUGGAAUCUUAUUUUCAAAGACUUGAAGAUGGGUUUAUCGCCUUCAACGAACUAUUCAAAAAAUCAAGAUCGGUUAUUCACUCGGCUAAAAACAAUACAGAAAUUGAUAUAACAGGUACAAAAGGUCUAGAAAGAUUAUUUCGUAUCUAUUGUUCAUUAAAAUACACUAUCAACUCCCUCAACUAUUGGAACCAAGAAUUCAUAUUCAUCGAGUUGAACUCUUUGUUUAAUGAAUACUCCACAAACAAAACACUAUCAUUAUUCAGCUCAAUAUUAUCAGAUUAUAACUCACUAGCUGAAAAGACAUUACAGUUGAUCAAUUCGUUCUAUUCCAAAACCACAACUACUCUUUUGAGAAAUUACACUCAACUAAAUGAUUGGAAUGAUAGAUCCUCACCAGCACCAACUACAUUCACAGCUCAACUAGCUAGUGUCAUUGAUACAUUACAAGAAUUAAACCAAUUUACAGUCAAAGUUAUAUCCACUAAUGAGUUUCUAGUUGUUAAAAAUUCACUAUCAUAUUCAGUAGCUGACUAUUUCUUCAACAAUAUUAUCAAAAGCAAUCAUUUCAGCCAUAAAGAUUUCAGUAUAGUUUGGGAGAAAUUACAACUAUCUAGAAAAUUCCCAUUAUACAAAAAAUUGAUUGAAGCUUUCCAAAUAAUGAAUCUUGAUGAUGAACAAAUCACCCAAUUUGGUCCUUUCAACACAGUUAAUCAAUUUGCAAAAUCUGGUCAUUUUGAAAUUUUGAGAGAAGUGUUACAAUUGGAAUAUUUGACAGAUAGUGAUUUAUUAGAUCUGUUACUACGUAUAACUUGA